CGCCCACGCUCUCGCUGGAGAGAGAGAGAGAGAGCACCAAGGACGGCUGAGGGAGAGCUCCCGGACACUAUAUAAUGCCGGAGAGGGAGAGGCGCAAGGAAGACAGGAGCUAGUUGAAGCAGAGUAGCUAGCUAGCAUUGGUUCCAUGGCGUCGACUCUGCUGCCGUCUUCCGACGCUACUUCGGAGAUCAAGGUGGGAGACGUUCAGGACAUCCAGGAGCUGCGGCGCGCGCAGCCGACGGCUAUACCCGCUCGGUACAUUCGCGACUCGACCGAAAGGCCGGCGGCGGACGCGGUCCUCGCUUCCCUGCGCGUGCCUGUCAUCGACUUGUCGAAGCUGGUGCGCGGCGGCAGGAGGCAGAGCCAGGAAGAGAUGGCCAGGCUCUGCUCGGCCUGCGAGGAGUGGGGAUUCUUCCAGGUGAUCAACCAUGGCAUAGAGGAGGGGUUGCUGGAGAGCAUGGAGACUCUGGCGAAGGAGUUCUUCAUGCUGCCUCUCGAAGAGAAGGAGAAGUGCCCGAUGGCGCCCGGCACGAUCCAAGGCUACGGCCACGCCUUCGUCUUCUCCGAGGACCAGAAGCUGGACUGGUGCAACAUGCUCGCCCUCGGCGUCGAGCCUGCCUUCAUCAGGAAGCCCCAUCUCUGGCCUGCAAAACCAGCCUCUUUGAGUGAGACAUUGGAGAAGUACUCGAGCCGCAUAAGGAGGAUGUGCCAAAUCUUGCUGAUUCUGAUAGCGAGGAGCCUCGGGCUGAGCCCCGACUACUUCAACGACAUGUUCGGCGAGGCGGUGCAAGCUGUGAGGAUGAACUACUACCCGCCGUGCGCAAGGCCGGACCUGGUGCUGGGCCUCAGCCCUCACUCCGACGGCAGCGCGCUCACCGUCCUGCAGCAAGACACGCGCUCUGUCGGCCUGCAGAUCCUCAAGGACGGCGCGUGGGUGCCUGUGCAUCCCAUCGCCAACGCCCUCGUCGUCAACGUUGGCGACAGUAUUGAGGUGCUGACCAACGGCAGGUACAAGAGCGUGGAGCACAGAGUGGUCACCGACGAGGAGAUGGAUAGGCUCUCGGUGGUGACGUUCUAUGCCCCGAGCUACGAGGUGGAGCUGGGGCCUGUUCCUGAGCUCGUCGACGACAAUCAACCGUGCAGGUACCGGCGGUUCAACCACGGCGAGUACAGCCGCCACUACGUCACAAACAAGUUGCAAGGGAAGAAGACGCUGGAAUUCGCGAAGAUCCAGACUAGCUACUGACCGAAUCUACUGCAAUACUUUAACUAGUUGUUACCGCACACAACGUGCCUGCAGAUAGAACAGAACAGCAGCUUGAAUUGUGACAUUUUAGUUGGUGUACUAGAAAUUAAUGUCUGUCGACAGUAUAAAUGUACAGGUGCUGGUAAAGUGUAAUAUAAUUAAGUUAAUUAUCAUGUUAAUUUUGCAUAUAUAAUAAUGAUAAUUAUACAUAUUCUAAGUCA